CUGACGGUGUGGGACAAGCGGGACGGCCCUGCUGCAGGACAGUUCGUGUUCACCGGUCACCAACCUGUCCUAUCUUCACAAAACUUCUCAGUCAGUCAGACAGCCUUCAUCCAGAUGACCGUGACUCAAGACCGGCCGAUGACCUACGCCAAAAUGAGAGGGCUUGUGUCGUUUUUCUCAGCUCUGCUCAAGGGGAAGAAAGUUGGCCUCAGUGACCUCUUACACAAACUUGUUUCCAGUCAACAACUCUGCCAACACUUGGACACCCAGAAAAUCCUGCAGCGACAGAGCAAACUGAGAAAGGAGAAGGACGAGAAAAGCGCUGUGAGCUCAGUGAACACAGAAACCUCUCAGAUGAAGCCAUCAGACUUUGACUACCUCAAAGUUAUUGGCAGAGGAAGCUUUGGAAAGGUGCUGCUUGCAAGACAUAGAAAACAAGGAGGCUACUAUGCUGUCAAAGUGCUGCAGAAACAGAUGAUUGUCAAGAGGAAAGAGCAGAGGCAUGUGAUGGUUGAGAGGAGCGUCCUGCUGAAGGGACUGCAACAUCCAUUCCUGGUGGGACUCCACUUCUCUUUCCAGACCCCAAAUACACUCUACUUUGUCCUUGACUAUGUUAAUGGUGGGGAGCUUUUCUACCACCUUCAGAGAGAUGGAUCAUUUCCUGAACCCAGAUCUGCUUUCUACACCGCAGAGAUGGCUAUGGCGCUGGGCUACCUCCACUCUCUUGACAUUGUUUACAGAGACCUCAAACCAGAGAACAUCCUGCUGGACAGUGGCGGUCAUGUGAUGCUGACUGACUUUGGGCUUUGUAAAGAAGGUGUGGCCAUAGGUGGGAUUAUGCAUACAUUCUGUGGGACUCCUGAGUACCUCGCUCCAGAGGUGCUACAAGGCCACACAUAUAGUCCAGCAGUGGACUGGUGGGGGCUCGGUGCUGUGCUUUUUGAGAUGCUCUAUGGACUGCCUCCAUUUUACAACUGCAUCAAAGCAGAGAUGUUUAAGAACAUACUACAUGCACCCCUGCAGCUACGUGGUGGGGUUUCUCAGGCAGCACGCUCACUGUUAGAGGGCUUGCUGGAGAGGGAUGUCUCCAAACGCUUAGGGGGAAGCUGGGACUUUGUGGAGCUGCAGCAACAUUCCUUCUUUGCCUCCAUCAACUGGGAUGACCUCCUGGCUAGGAAAGUGAAGCCCCCGUUCAUCCCAAAAGUGACUGGUCCCUGUGAUAUCAGCCACAUCGACCCCGAGUUCACGCUACAACCUGUCCCUGCCUCCGUAAAUGAGCGGUGCCAGGCGGGCGGGGUCAGCGAGGCCUUCCCAGGAUUCUCCUUCAUGAACCCAACGGAGUACAUGGCAGCCCAGCUGGUUUCAUAACAAUGCCAAAUCCUCUGGCAGCAUGUUUGUUCAAAUAUUUAUUUUUUAUGUCAUAAAUUAUUAAAUCAAAGUUUAUUUUUAAACACGAGCAAAAAAACUCUUCUUACUCUAAUGCUGCAAUCCACUGUAUGUUUCAUUGGUUACACUAAAUUAUGUGUAUAUAUAUUUUUGGUACUGUUAUUUUAAGUAUUGGUAUCAGUUCAUAAUGUGAAAUAGGCUGGUAACUAUUUCACAAGUCCUUGCAACCUUAAUGUGUAAAGGGAUGAAACAAUAAACACCUAAU